AAAGAUACUGUCUUCAAAAGUCCAGGAGGCAGUCCCACGUCUGCCAGGCAUUUUCCUCAAUCGUCUACACCUGCACCAAACGGAUUCAGCAUCGUCAUCAUGCAAGUAAGUAACUCUAUGUCAUUUCAUAUCAGCGUCGAGGAGAUCAUCCUCUUCGAUGGCUGGGUGGUGUCCGAUUGGCAGGGUGUCGUGGGUUCCAUGGUUGGAAUUAUCCUCAUGGCCGCCAUUUACGAGGGUCUUAAGAAUUACCGCGAAUACCUGUUUGUCAGCGCGUCUGCUCUUUACCAGGGGAAUGGGAAGUGUCCAACCAAACAGCCAUCGAUGUUCUCUGGGAUCCAUCUCUUCCAAACGUUCCUGCAUAUGAUACAAAUCGUCUUGGGCUACUUCCUCAUGCUGAUUUUUAUGACUUACAACGUGUGGCUGUGCAUCGCUGUCACCGUAGGUGGUGCCAUUGGCUACUGGCUGUUCGCAUGGAGAAAGGCCAGCAGUGACAUUACCGAUUGCUGCAAUUAGAGGCGACAUUGUGAAUCGCCUACUUUAACACAAAUACCGCUGAAGAUACAUGGAACACGUGGAUAUGGACAAACGAAGAAGGGAAUAAGGACCCGAUUCGCAGUACCAGAAUUCACUUCAGACUUCCUUCAAGGGCCGCGCGAUUGGGAAGAUUUACUAACCGAAAGAAACACUGUUUAAGAUCUGUAUUGAGCUCGUCUUGUCCGAUCUCGCUUGCUCGCGAGAAAUCUGGCGUGAAAGUCUAUCGCCUCGCAAUCGGUUAUUCAAUAAAAUUAUCAAAUUUCCAAUCAUAA